AUGUCGAGAUCUGAUCGCACAGGAAACUUGAUUUUCGACCCCAAGAUUGAGAAGACUGUGCAUCGAUUAAGAAAAGAAACUAAGGAGCGUCGUAAAAAAUAUUUAGCUUUAGAAUCAUCUAGCGAUUUGAGUUCUGACGAGUUGGAGCUAGAAGAAAAGAUGGAUCAUAGGACACCAAGGGAGCUGGCAGCCCCUAACUUGACCCAACAGCAUCUCUGCAUCACAUAUCCGAUGGUAUACGAUGCUGCAGAAGAUUGGCUAUUCAAUCUACCUGCCGGAAACGUGACUACAUGGACUGACAUGAAGAAAAAGUUUCUCGAAAAGAGAAUCAUAGACGCAUCAAGUGGAGGGGGCUUGAUGAAUAAAACUCCUAGAGACGCGUGGGACUUACUGAACAAUAUGGCAAUGAACUCACAACAGUUCGGACCAAGAGAAGCAGUAGCAGUUAAAGAAGCAAGCGAGGGAAGGCACAAGUUAAGGCUUGUGGGAUCUAUGCAAGUUCAGAACAUCCUACUGAUAUUUCUGAACUUAAAGUAUGGGAAUCAACAAGCUAACUUUGGAGAUUAUUCUAGAGAAUUCCCAACACCUAACCACCCUCCACAACCCCCUCAAACGGUUCCGAGUAAUUCUUUAAAGGAUAUGAUGAAAACUAUGGCGUCUAACAUGUUGCAAUUUCAACAGGAAACUCGGAAUAGCAUAAGGAACUUGGAAGAACAAGUAAGUCAAAUACCGAAUGAGAUGUGCGAGAUUAAGUCAAGAGAAAAAGGCAGAUUGCCUUCACAACCUGACGCCAAUCCGAGGAAUGUGAGCUCAAUUGUUAUACAAAAUGGAAAAGAUGCGGAAGUAUUAAAGAUUGGAGUUCCAAAAGACAAGAAUGAGGAAGAUAUUGAGAAAGAAAUAGAGCAAGUCGCCACUGAAACAUCGAACAAGGUAACUUUCGAUACACCUACUAAUACUAAAACUAAUGUUGCACUGUUUCCUUACAGGUUGGCGAAACCAAAGAAGAAUGACAAAAAUAAAGAGAUGAUGGAAAUUUUUCGAAAGUUGGAAUUGAACAUACCCUUACUAGAUGCGAUCAAGCAAGUACCGAAGUAUGCAAAAUUUCUUAAGGAUCUUUGUGCGAACAAGAAGCGACUACGUAGAGACGAAUACAUUAUUGCUGGCGAGAGCGUAUCUGUCGUUUUACAACAUAAGCUUCCUCCUAAAUAUGGAGAUCCAGGUAUGUUCUCAGUUCCUUGUAAAAUAGGUAAGUUGGAGAUUAAACGAGCAAUGCUAGAUUUAGGAGCUGCUAUUAAUGUGAUGCCUAAGUCUAUUUAUAAGUUUUUGAACAUUGGGCCUUUAAAAAAAACUGAAAUUAUUAUACAAUUAGCCGAUAGGACAAAUGCUUAUCCUGAAUGA